AAACCUAACCUAGCUUAUUCACCCAUUAUUACUUUUUCUAGUAACUGCAUAUACAUGCCGUACAUCCUCCUAUCUUUCCACACCAUAUUUCUCUAUGUCAAUUCGAUUUUCAACACUUAAACUACGUACAAAUCUAUUCCAAUCCUCGUAUUGAGUUGUGGUGGUGUUGCUGUCGUGCAUAUAUUUUUUUGUAUAAAAACAGAAGAUGGGAAACAGUCUUCGUGUAGUUGUCGAUAAUUAUAUUGGAAGUGUUCCAUUUCCUUGCCAUCUACAGCUGGGACCAUCCACUUCCAUCGACUUGUUGAAGGAGAGAGAGGGUGAGCUAAUCCCGUGUGGCCAAGACACAUGGAGGGUGACAUACACAGUAGAUGAGAAAAGCUGUCAGGAUACACCCUCCCAGGUGGAGUACUGUCACAGACUCCAUUUUAUGGAGAAAGACAAACACUAGUUUUGAUGCAUGCGGGGGUGUUAUGGAUACAAAAGUUGACUUGUAUGGGAGUGGAGGCAGAUGGGGUCUUUUUAUUGUGGAGUCAAAGAAAAACAAAACGAAGGAAGAUGCUGAGGUGGUGACCGUGGCGCACUACAUUGUUAAAAGUAGCGGAACAAGCUUUUACAGAUCAACUGAAACAAAUAUUGGCCUUUCCGUGGUGGCAAAGUUUCGAGCAUCAAAUGGAAAAGUUCAGAUAACAGGGGAGGGUCUUGAGCAGCAUCCUGUCUCUUCAUUACUUUACAUGUUUGAUGAAGUCAACAGAACUGGGAUUUGGAAGCCUACCAUGUGUCCUCACUGCGAUCAUAAACGGAAGGGUAAAAUGUUUUGGCAGUCUGACAGUGAAGACAGUGACAGUGUUUCCAUGCGACUGCCACGUACCACUCCGAGAAAUGCAAGAGGGAUCUCCAAUGGUGGAAGAUUUCAGGGGAAUGGUAUUGGUAAUUUCAUUGAAUACAAUAUUAUGGAUUUCAGAAGAAGAAGACGAUAACAGUUAUUCAACUCAUGAAAAGACAAGACAAUCUUGGGAGAAGAGUUGUGUUUUCGUUUUGUUAGUAUAAAAGAAUUUGUCUAUGGUUGGAUAUUAUGCAGAAUCCAAUUGUAAACAACUUGCUUGCACUUUAUGUUCUCUUCUUUCUCAAUAAUAAAUUUUGGUGUUAGUGUCUAUUUUUCUUAUGUGAUUAUCUUAACACACAAGUGGCUAUUGUAUGUGUUGGUUUUUAGAGAAUAAAAACAGAUGAAUAUUGGCUGGAA